AACCAGCCCUGUGACGCGGGGUUACCAAAAUUUUCAAGUUCGUCAUCAUUUUGUAGUAAUGCCAUAUUAGUACCAAACAGAUAAUCUUUUAAGAUAAUGCAUCUAUCAGAGUUUGUAGGGGAAUAUGGUGUCACCAACAAACAUUUCGAAUGCACAUGAAUUUGCAGAUCUCUUUCUGUUCUCGUUCCUUUUUCUCAGUCCGUAUCAUCCCAUCAUAUCUUCAAAUUCAGUGUUGUCCAUUCCGACUUUAGCGAUUAGGUUUCUCAUCAGAAUGGUCUGGUUCUUUCCCAGUCACUUCUUUGCGGCCGACUGUAGCCUCAUUAAACUGGCCUUUAUCUUCUUCAUUGCUAUCAGUGGUGGGUGCAUAGCUAUGGAUAGCAUCUAUUGUGAUCCCUUCCUUCUUUGUUAUGAAGGGUGAUUUAAUGAUCCUGGAUCCAUAAGAUUCCAAUCCUAUAGAUGCUUUUCGUACUUCUUUGGACGGCGUCAGAGAAACUUCCUUCGUGCGCUAAGCAUUUUCGUCUUCAUGACCAGAGCACGACAGCAUCUCUCCCGAAUCUAAUCUUUUCUGUCUAGCUUUGGUCCAAUGGGUUUCACUUAUACUUAUCACUGCCCAGUUGUAUCUCCUCAUCUCAGUGGCCAUUUGAUUGAUCCUCUUGGUCUCCUAUAUUGUCCGGACAUUUCAUGUGCCUAUAUUUAUUGUUGCUCUGGUUGUUAGAAGGCGCAUCGACCCCGUGACAUAAAGAAUGUCAGCUUUCACUACGGCGCAUCAUAUUUCUAAAUGAAGAUCCUUCAACUCGCAUGGCAGGGUUUGAAUGGUUUAAAUUGUUUUUUUUUCUGGUUAGCUUUUUUUUAGCAAGGUUGUAUUCUACGGGAUGGAGUUGUUGACCCCUUGCCCAUCUACCUGGGCUUUGGACCAGGAGUAACCAUACAAGGGCUAAGGGUUGAGUUUUUGCGAUCCUAUACCUUUCCACAAUCGACUUUACUCCAACCAUCAGCAUAUUUUUGGUCGACUUGGGUCUCGUCAAAACUGAACAAUUUACCUCUAAAGUCAGCAUAUACCAUGGGAAGCUAGGAGCACUGACUUUCCAGGUUCUAGGCGGACUAAUCAAAUAGGUUGGUCUUAUUUAUCAAAUAAGGACAAAAAAUGACUUCAAUUUUUCCAUACUAGUGCCAAUUGUUCGACUAGCCAGCAAUAGAUCUUAACAACAUUGUAAUACGUCUAAUAUUCUACAGUACAAGUAAUAACAAAUUAGCAAUUAUCAUCUGACAAGCUACACAGAAACAGUUCCAUUUCUACAAUCCAUUAUUGUAGUCAUCGAUUGACGUGGAUAUUUUAUACUUUGGCAUGUCGAUGUCUAACGGAGAUUAUGUUCGGAUACCACUCUCGGGGAGUUUUGAAGAUCAAGGGGACCAAGAACUUCAAGGGAUUUUAGAACAUAAGACUAGCAUUGAAAGUCCAAAAACGGAAUCCAAUCUGGGUCCUCUCACCUUUAAGUUCUACCAACAGUACUUCGAUGUUGAUACAAGUCAGGUUCUGCAUCGUCUUGCCUCUGCAUUCGUACCUAACCCGCGUAUAAAUUUCAUUCAACACUCUCUAAAACCCCGAGCUGAUCUCUAUGGUCCAUUUUGGAUUUCAACUACGUUGAUGUUAGCUGCCGCCAUCGGGGGGAAUAUAUCCAACUAUUUGCAAUCACGUGGUGAGGUAUCUUCAUGGCAUUAUGAUUUUCAGAAAGUUACGUUGACAUCAACUAUCAUUUAUGUGUAUUGGUGGCUAACACCAUUGCUGUUGCAUGCAGUUAUGCACAUUCAUCUUAGAAACAAGAAACCCCAGUCAAACGAUGCUGAAAGCGAUCUCACUGACCUAUUGGAGCGUUCCGACACUGAUUCAUCACCAUUUCACAAUGCAAAACAUGCGAAUAAAUUCUUCGAUGUUCUGUCGACCUAUGGUUAUUCACUAGCAGUUUUCGUUCCUGUUGCAAUUUUAUGGACAAUUCAGAUUAGUAUACUACAAUGGUUAUUGUUCUUAGUUGGAAUAGGAAUUUCUGGGGCAUUCCUAGUAUUUGCUUUAAUGCCUAGUAUACGCAAAGAAUAUCCAAAGCUUGCAACACCAAUAAUGAUCAUUAUAAUUGUAGUACAUUUUGGUUUUUCGUUGGCUCUAAUGAUUGCCUUCUUUCAUGGAUCUCCACCUGUACAACAUCCUCUAUCUUAUACUGGUUAUAUACAUCAACAAAAUGUUGUAGAAAAUAAUAAACAACUGUCAAAUAUCACUGUGUUAACUAAUAAUAAGCCAGUAUAUCAUUAAUUCAUCUAUUAUUUUAGCUUGAGCACUGCUAUUUUAAGUAGGAAAUUUGUUAAACAUUACUAUUACUACUACUAACUAUUAUAAACCUUUGUACAGGUGCAGUUGAUUUCUUUCUUUUGUUUGUUUAUUACUGCUUCUGUAUUGUACUGUCAUUUCCACAAUACAUAAAUGCAUGCAUAACACUGUGAUAUUUAUUGUUUCAUUUUUAUUUUAACUAUUUUCAAAAUAUACGGAUUACAUAGU